GUUUGUUAGUAUGAAUUAGCAGGACAAUGUCGGAAUGAGCAGAGAGAUGAUGCACGUCGUCAGCCGUGUCUGCGCUGUUAAAUCUGGCCUUCAGCUGCUGUUAAGUGACAACAAGGCCUUUGGCUCCGGAUUCCCUCCGUCCCCCACAGGGGACGACAAGGACGUUCACGAAGCAGAGGUCGGCCAUUAUAUUUAGGAGGCAUCGCUCAGUCGGGAAGGAAGCUGGGAAGGCAGCAGUCGCUGGCAGCUGUGCUGUGUCCAGACCUGGUGCCUUCCCUUGCCAUCCGCCUGUCCAUUGUCUAGCCAUGGUCGAGGGGGACGCACACAGCGCCCCAGGUCUGGAUCUGAACCCAGGGCCCCAGCGCUGUGAGGCAGCAAUGCUGACCACAUUUGAAACAGGACACCUUUAAUACAGGGCUUCUCUAACACCUUGCUCUUAUCAUAAGGCAGACCCAGUUCAGAGAAAGCUGUUUACACAGAGAGGUGACAAUGGGCAAAAGGGAAAAGUUCAUUUAAUUUAAUAAGCUUCAACAGCACUUCAGCACAGACUGAACACUAGGCGUAAAACCCAGAACACACAAACAUUAUUUGCUGUGUAAAUGUAAUGAACCUUUUUCAGACAAGAAAGGGCUUACAAGACGACCACCGUGUUAAGAACAGAUACACCCCUGGAGGAAUGGGACCCGUCCUGCUUGACAACCAGGUGUCUCACUCACUGUGCACGUGUGAAUUUUGGAAACAUCAUGGAUGGGCUGCGCCCUUCCUUCGAGAUUAUUCCACAGCACGCGGGCCUGAAGUUGCCACACUUUCAGAGACUGAAAGGAUGAGUUGUUGUUUUUUAAUUUGUGACCGUUUAUACGUCGUUUAUCAUUUGAAGUGUGAUGCACCAGAUUCCGACAAGAGCCGCCCUUACACACUGGUACAUGAUGCCAGACGUGUUCAGCAUGUCCUCCUCUGUUCAGUCCCAGUCCAGUUCAGUGCUGGGAGAGAGCCAGGGGCAACUGAGCACAAUUCCCGCAUAGCUGCUGUCUUACAAUCCUCCAAAUGUUUUGUUUGUCCACAUUGCAUUUUCAGUCUCGCUUGUCAGUGCUGUCCACGCCAGGCCUCCUGUGGGUUUGGGUUAAAUCAGUCUGAAAGAGUGGUGUCAGCUGUACUGGAUUUGCUACCAUCCUGACUUUCACCAGAGAGAAAGAACACUUUCGUACACUGGCAUCUGGAAUGAUGGCUGUUGUGUUUUUUUCAGGGUUAUCAGCUCUUUUUGGAAUUUCAGAUUGUGCCCUAUUUAAUAAGCGCUCAUUUGGGAUUCUGCUUGUGGUCUUUUCCAACAGCGAAGAAAAUGCAGGUGAACAAAACGCUGAAGUACUUUGCCAUUGCUUGGGUCUCAGUUGGAAAUCCUUGGACCCCUCUGGUUUGGAGGACGUUCAGAUUUCAGAUGAACGCUUUGAUACUUUCGACUGAGGCAGCAGUCGGGGAACCUUGUGUUUUGUCUUGUGCGCUGACAAGAAGGCUCAUAGAAUAAACCGAGAUUACCUGGAUAAUGGCAAUAACAAGAUGGCUAUCCAGCAGGCCGACAAACUGCUGAAGAAGCACAAGGACCUUCACUGCGCCAAGGUCCUGAAGGCAAUCGGCUUACAACGCACCGGCAGGCAGGAUGAGGCCUUCACUUUGGCGCAGGAAGUAGCAGUGCUCGAGCCCACCGAUGACAACUCCCUGCAAGCGCUGACCAUCCUGUACAGAGAGAUGCACAGGCCGGAGCUGGUGACCAAGCUGUACGAGGCCGCGGUGAAGAAGGUGCCCAGCAGCGAGGAGUACCACUCCCACCUGUUCAUGGCCUACGCGCGGGUCGGGGAGUACAAGAAGAUGCAGCAGGCUGGAAUGGCACUUUAUAAAAUUGUUCCCAAAAAUCCCUACUACUUCUGGUCUGUGAUGAGCUUGGUGAUGCAGGCCAUCUCAGCGGAGGACGAGAAGCUGUCCAAGACCAUGUUCCUGCCGCUAGCGGAGAGGAUGGUGGAGAAGAUGGUGAAGGAGGAGAAGAUAGAGGCCGAGGCUGAGGUCCAGCUAUACUUCAUGAUCCUGGAGAGACUGGGCAAGUAUGUGGAGGCCCUGGAGGUGGUGAGGGGGCAGCUGGGAGAGAAGCUGACGAGCGAGCUGCAGAGCCGAGAGAGCAAGUGCAUGUCUCUCUACAGGAAGCUGGAUCGCUGGCCAGAGUGCAACGCCCUCUCCCGGAAGCUGCUCCUGAACAACCCAGACGACUGGCAGUUCUACCUUUCGUACUUCGAUUCUCUCUUCCACGUCAUUGACGAGUCCUGGUCGCCGCCUGAAGUGGGAGAUCACUCGGCGGAGGGGGAGGUGGAGUCCUCGGUGGCUCAGGCGAUCCGCUUCGUGGAGGACCGGAUCCGCGCCGAGGAGGCGCGGGGGGCGCGGCAGCGGCGCGGCCCGUUCCUGGCCCGGCUGGAGCUGAUCCGCCGGCUGCGGCAGAGGGCCGACCCGGAGGAGACCCAGCUAGGAGAUCCUUUGGAGCUCAUGUUCCAGUACUUUGUGAAAUUUGGAGACAAACCCUGCUGUAUCUCGGACCUCAGGAUAUUUCUGGACCUCUUGAUUCCCGCCCAGCAUGUACAGUUCAUAAACAGGCUGAUGGAGACGGUCCCUCUCUCAACACCACCAGAGGGCAGUGUGGCGCUGCCUGCAGACAUCAAAGCCUUGCAGAGGCACCUGUGUGUGCUCCAGCUGGCCCACUCGCUGGGCCUGCAUCACAGCCUGGACAUGCAGCACAGCAUUGACCUGAUCAACGAGCUGAAGACCAGAUACCGCCACGGGCUGGAGUUUGGAAAGUCCUGCUUGAAGACAGAGCUGCAGUUCUCUGACAUGUACUGUCUGCUGGCCGCCCAUGUGUACGUCAACCUGUGGAAGGAGACUGGGGAAGAAUGGCUGCUCUGGAGCUGUCUGGGCCUGCUGGAGGAAGGCCUGGCCCACAGCCCUUCCAACGCCCAGUUCAAGCUGCUGCUCAUCCUCCUCUUCUGCCAGCUGGGGGCGUUCGAACCCGUGGUCGACCUCUACUCCAGCCUGGACGCCAAGCACAUACAGCAUGACACCAUAGGGUACCUGCUGACCCGCUAUGCAGAGUCAUUGGGCCAGUUUGCUGCUGCUUCCCAGUCUUGCAAUUUCUCACUCAGGUUUUUCCAUUCGAACCAGAAAGAUACCUCAGAAUAUAUCAUUCAAGCUUAUAAGUAUGGUGCAUUUGAGAAAAUCCCUGAGUUCAUUGCCUUCCGCAACAGACUGAACCGCUCGCUGCAUUUCGCUCAAGUUCGCACUGAAAGGAUGCUUUUAGACCUUUUCCUCGAAGCAAAUAUAUCAUCAAGCCUAGAGGAGAAUGUCAAGUCCAUGGGCCUGUGUCCUGAGGAGGAGGACAUUCCCUGGGCUGAUAUGAGGGACAAUCGGGAUUUGACAGUUCUGACCAGCUGGGAUCCAAAGGACCGGCAGCUGUCUGAGGAGCAUCGGCGGCUCUCCCUGGAAGAGGAGGCUCUGUGGCUCCGCGUCCGGGCCCUGACCCUGCGCCUGGUGGGCUCCCUCGCCGCCCUCAGCCCCCCCGUCGCGCCCAGGAACUCGGAGAAGACGGCGGAGAACGGGGUGGCCUCCAAGCCGGACACGCUGCGCUCGCUGCUGAAGCAGCUGGAGACGGCGCUGGAGACGGGGAGGGCCUUCACGGAGAGGAACGUCCAGUACCCGUUCCUGGGGCCUCCCGCCACGCGCCUGUCUCCUGCCCUCGCCAGCGGGAGCUGUCAGUGCCAGGCCAGCGCUUUCCACCUGGUCAGUGACCUCCAGGACCUGGACUCCCACGGCUUGGAAGACACAACAGAGGUCCAAACGAGAAUAGGGAACAGCUUUAAAUCUUUAAUAGCACAGCUAAGAGAGUUACUUAGUAAAUGCAAAGGUGAUCUACUGGACGUUAAAGACUGUCAGUGUAAAACCAAGCCGAUACUUUUAGAAAACUUAGUGUUCUUUGUGGAGACCGUCUGCGUUGUCCUGUGGGUUUCCAGUUACUGUGGUAGUGUUCUGCGACCUCUGAAGGCCAGUUUACAGAAGAAGAAGAAGAAGAAAAAGGACACCAACACAACCACACCUGCGGUGUUCAGUGGCUACCAGGAGUACACUGCGGCCCUGCAGGCCCUGCUGUCUGAGGCCCUGGAUCACGUCAAGGGCCUGGAGGCCUGUGUGCUGGCAGUGAAGCUGGAGGGCCUGUCUCUGGAGGAGCACUCACUCUCGGAGGACGAGCGGAAGUUUACGAAGACGGUGAUGGAGAAGGUGCAGAGCAGCUACCUGCGCUCCCUGCAGGAGGUGGGCGAGCUCCUGAAGAAGAGAGCCGACUGCCUGAAGAGCCUGAAGAUCUGACGGGAGGGGACUCCCCCGGCUCCUGCCUGCAGAAUCCACAACUUCCUGCCGACGCGCAUGAAGGACUUAGAAUCUCGAGUGAAGAAAGAAAUCGGUGUUUUUAGAAUAACUGCUCAGAUAAAUUAUUGUACAUAGACCACAGAGAGAGAAAAAAAACUACAACUCCUUAACGGGAAAUUCACCUUUUGUUUCCUUUUAUAUACAUACUCAUGAGCGUAUAGAAACACUUCCUCUGCUAUCUUAUACCCAGCAACACUCGGGCUGGAAGUCAAAUACAGCUAGAAGCUCUAAUGUAUAGUCCUAUAUGUAGCGUAACUCUUUAAUAAAAGAGAGCAAAGAGCCUGUACGAAUUGUGGUGUUUAAUUUAUUGAGAUUCUUUAUAGAGACGAGGGAAAUCUGCGUUUUUACAGAGCUUGCAGGAAUUUACGCUGGGCUGGCCACAGCAGUCAUCCUGAAGUUUGCAAUGUUUCCAGCACACGGCAAAAAAAUGGAGGCAGUCUUUCUUCAUUUUGUUUUAAGUUGCAUAGUUAAGUAGCAAGCAGCAGGGCAUGUAAAAUAAUUGAGAGCACAAACUAAAACAAAACAGAGUUUAAACAGGCGGUUGUUUUUAACCAGGUGCUGCAGCUCUAAGCAAUCAGUUCUCCUAGGUAACUCCAGCCCUUCAAACUCCAAGCUUUUCCUGUUUUGCUGCUUAUGAGGACUUGCAUUUCCCUCUGAUUAGAGCAGCGUCGCGGUCACCUGCAGAGCAAUGUCACGUUUCUUAUCUCAAACAGGUUUUAGCAACUAGAAUUCUUCAUUUUAAUGUACAGUAAAAAUUAGAUGGAAAAAAACUGCAAGCCGUUAAGAAAGCUGUUAACAUAUUUUGUAUGUAUAUUCACUGGCUUCAGCGAGAUACCCUAAUCGGAAGAUUGAAGUAUCGUCUUGCACAGAUGUUCUGAGGGAAACUUUUAAGGGGGAAAUACCAUGUUUGUAAUUGUGCAUUUUUAUUUAUAUCUCCACUUGUAAAGAAGAGCCUCCUGCAUUUUAUCAUGAAAAGACAAAAGUAAACCUGUUAUGACCUAAUAGGUUACAUUUAUUAAUGAACAAAACUUAAUCUUACAGAUGGCACAGUGUGAUUGUUUUCUUGUUUCCAUGUAUACAGUAUGAUAGUCAUUGUGGAGUUCUCUCAAAGAAAAUGUGAAUCUCUUCAGCUCUUGGUAGCUGUUUGCAAACUGAAGUCUGAUUUCAGUGGAUGUAACUUGUUAGAAACUUGAGGCUGUUUCCAGAGCCAGUGUUUGGGUAAAGCAGUUUUCAAAACAUCCUCUGGUCUGAUUCAAAGCUUAGGUGGUUUCCUGUGUGCCUGAAUCCAGCAGAACCAUUGUGAGAAAAGUCACUGUAUGGUUCCAAAAGCAAAUCCCAUUUCUCUUCCGAGUGUACCGAAUAGCCACUUUAAAAUGUAGCUCUGCCAGCUGUUGGAAUGCAAUCAUGCUGGUAUAGAACAGAUCUUUUUAAACCCACUUCUGGUAAUGUGCUGGGAAAUAGAACUAGCCAAUUCUGACUUCUACUGCUGUUCAUAAGGACCUCUGCGACUUAAAAAGAACUUCUGGAUGUUUUUUCCUUUUUAUUGUAUCCUCCCUGCAGUCAAGAAUUAAAUUCUGCUUUGUUUUAACUUUACAGCUAAGCUAAAAAAAAUAUUUUUAAUUUGAGACAGGGGUUAUUGGGUGAGGGGUUGUAUUUACAUUUGUGCAUUUAUCCCUUCUUAAUGACUGAAUAAGAAUGAAACACUCUCUGGAAAUAGAUUGCAAUAGUCUAGGCAAGCUUUUAUGGGCGCUCAGAUUUAGAGCAGGUGCGUAAUCCAAUGGAAAUUGUAUUUAAAGAAAACAGAAUGGUUGACAAUCUUUGUAAUUUUGUCAUCUGGUCUGAAUACAUUUUGUUAGAAACACUGGAAUGUUGAAAAGAGUUUUUUUUUUUAAAUAAAACCCUUUGGAGAAAAAGAA